CUUUAGACAGACUAACCCGUUUGUGUUUCCAACACAGGUUUUGGGUAUUGUUGUAACCAACUUGAAAGUUAUACUUUGGAUUUUGUUUUAAAAAGUCUGAAUCAUCCAUCGUGGCUUUUAUCUAUGCUGGCUGUCGUAUUGGGUGGAAUUUUGUUUUCACCACAACAUCUACAUAACUUGUUGAUAAUGGGGGGAUGGAUAGCAAAGGUGUUCGGGAACAAAGAAAUGAGAUUAUUGAUGCUUGGGCUUGAUGCUGCUGGUAAGACAACUAUUCUGUACAAACUGAAGCUUGGACAAGCUGUUACUACGAUACCUACAGUUGGAUUUAAUGUAGAAACUGUUGUGUACAAGAAUACCAGGUUCAAUGUGUGGGAUGUCGGUGGACAGGACAAGAUUCGGCCACUUUGGCGUCACUACUACACUGGCACACAGGGACUUAUAUUUGUCAUUGAUUGCGCCGAUGCUGAUCGUAUAGAAGAAGCAAAAGUUGAGCUGCAUCGCAUCAUAAACGAUCGUGAGAUGCGAGAUGCUGUCAUCCUUGUGUUUGCAAACAAACAAGAUCUUCCAGAUGCUAUGAAACCCUGUGAUCUUCAGAGCAAGCUAGGACUAACAAAGUUACGAGACAGAAACUGGUUCGUGCAACCCUCAUGUGCUGUUUCUGGGGAUGGUUUAGAAGAUGGCCUGCGUUGGUUGAUGGCUAGUCAGAAGCAAUAACCCUUUCUAUAUUGCAUGUGUGUGACUUUACUUUCAGCAAAAGACGGUUGCAAUUUUGUAGCAGAUAAAUUAGGGCACAUGCAACAUUAGGACGUAUAGCUUAACUUUCAGUUUUCUAUCGGCCUUUACUCCAUUCCAAUUUAUUCUCUAUCAUUUAUACAACAUCAGCUAUUGACCCAAUACACUGACGUGUUGUGUUUGGUCUCAAAAUAACCUUUGGACCAUUAAAGACAAACAGCUUCAGAAAAUUUGAAGAACUUUAUUUGGUUUAAGAUCAGUCCACACACUUCAGUAAUCAAUAUCAUUUUUACAAUGGUUAGUUUUAAAUAGCAAUGAUUUAUCCAUGUUCUUAAAAUUGUAACUUGUUUUGCGUUAGAAUUUUUUACUAUCUGUUCUUAAUUACAAAGCAACAUCAAGUAGGUUACCUGGUUCAUUUUUGCAACAAACGAAAGCCUUUGCUGUACAUACCAUACCAUACCCCCUCACCCACCAGAUACAGUGUUGGGUGUUGUAUGCACUUUUAAAGUAAAUUGUCGCACUCACAGACAGUGAAGUAUGUGCCCUGUACCUAUGCUAUGUUAUAUAUAUAUGUGCAUGUAUACAACUGUUUCUUGUUAAAAAGAGCCAAACUUAAAGGCAGGGGAGGCAGGGAUAAGGACACACAAUUCUAUGAAACAAAUUUCCCCACAUUGGCUGUAAUAUUCAAUAUUAAUGAAAGUAGAAAAUCCAUGGUUGUCCUGCCUGCCCUGCAACCGCAGGUUAGGCACCUAUGCUCCUGUUUUAUAGUUUAUUUCGUCAAUGGUGGCUACAGAUUCUAGACACAAGUUUAUUUCCAUGAAUGAUUUAAAAGGUUUCAGUCUAUCCAUAAUAUAGCAUUACUAAAGCUUGCUUGGUGUAGUUGUUCACUUGGGUACAAAGUAAUGUCAACUGCUACUGGUAUAGGUGACAUUUGAAAACUAAAAAAAGGCAUUGGUUAGCCCACACUAUCCUGUGAAACAAAUUUUAAUGCAGUGCAGAACAUACCAAUUUGGCUUUCCCACCCUGCUACCCCAGGUUUGGCACCAUGAUGUUCACUUAAAAUCAUUCUUUAUAAAAUUACAUUUGUACCACAUUUCAUAUUCGUGUUUUCUUGCUGAAGCUGUACCACACACACUUUAGCUGCUUCUAUGCAGUCUCUAAACUCUUUUUGUGCCUUCAAAAUGGGCUGUAACUGAACACAACUACCCAGUAUUUAAAUGACUCGUUUUUGUUACUGACCGAAACUUCUUUAUUGUAUGCUGUAGUAGUUUAUGAAUGAAUGAAUAGUUUAUAGAUGAUAAUGUGGCGAUUAAUUUGUCCUACCAACACCACCAUACUGAUUUAGCUCUGAAAUACAUAUGUUGCCCACCUUAAAGUAAAUUUCUUUACCAUAAACAAAUACUUUUUGUU